AUGGAGGUGGCGCGGCUGUGGCUGGACAACCUGACGGCCGAGGUGGAGCGCAGCGAGCAGGCGCCGAAGCAGUUCGAGCACACUGUUGAAUUCAACGCUGCAGCCGGGCCCUUCAAGCUUACGACCAAGAGCGGCAAGGCAGCACAGGACAAUGACAGAUACGUUCAGUGGUUCAUGUACUGGGCAGGCAAGCAGGCAGACGCACCGGAGGGCGUGCGCUUCUCACUUUCAUUCGCAGCGUUUCACACUGUUAAUCAGGCCGGCCUCGCCACCCGCCUGCGCAUCGCCCCGCCGCCCGACGGAGUUGGACCCGGCGGCAGCCUGCUAGGCGGCCCCUUCUGCGACGUGGCCGUGCGCGCCGGUGGCCGCGAGUGGCAGGCACACAGGGUAGUGCUGGCCGCGGCGUCGCCGGUGCUGCUGGGCAUGCUGGGAGGAGAGAUGCUCGAGGCCCAGGCAGCAGCUGUGGGAUUCAAAGAGGCAGACGAGCAGGUGGUGGAGCUGCUGUUACGGCACAUUUAUGGCGAGGCGAUCGAGGUGCCCCUUGAGCUGCUGCCGGCCCUGUACGGCCUGGCAGACCAGUACCAGCUGCAGUCCAGCCUCGCCAUGGAGGCGCGGCUGCUGCUGAGCACAGUCAGCGUGCAGCCGGCCGCGCUCGUGCGGCUGCUGCCGGCGGUGCACCGCCUGUGCCGCGGCGCAUUCAGCGCCAGCUGGUGCAGUCAAGCGGGGGGGGCGCUGCCGCAGGUGCCGCCCUCUGAAUUCACAGAGUGGCCUCCUGCCGUGUUUACCGAGGUCAUCUCGCAGGCACAGCUGCAGCCAGAUGUCAUGUCAGCAGCCGAGGCCUGGGUGGAGGGGCAGGGCAAGAGGGUGGCGGUCAAGAAGGACAAUUGGCAGCGGCUGCUUGAUGUCAUCGAUUGGGGUGCCGCGACGCGCGAGCAGCUGCUGGCCGUGCAGCAGUGGGACAGCAGCCGCGGCGUUCCUGGCUUGCUGCCCAAGCUGUUUCAGGCGCUUGACGCGCUGUAUGUCAAGAUGCGGGAGGGAAAGGCGCAGAGAAGCGAGUCUUCAGAUGGCUGA